AUGGAUCCAUCAGGCAAUGGCUGCCGAAGAGACUGGGCUUUUGAGCGUGUCCGGGGCAAGGAACUAGUCGAUGCCGAUCAGCAGAAGGUCACGGUGGAGGCGAACACUCGCGAAGAAUGUGAAGCGGCCUGCCUCCAAAGCCAGAGCUUCGCGUGCCGGUCGGCGGAGUUUAACCACCAGCUCAGUGAAUGCAGGAUAAGUCCCCACAACAGGUUCUCAUCGUCGGAGGAGGGCGUUUCCCUCUCGAGUGCCCGAUUUGUGGUCGACUACUUGGAAAAUAAUUGCAUUAGAGAACCUCGAGGUUUCUGCAAUUUAAAGAUGCACCGACAACAGAUGGCGCUAGUAGCAGAUAACAUUAGGUUUGCUAUGAGUAUUGAUGAAUGCCAGCAGCAGUGUUUUCACAAUGAGGAUUUCAUAUGCAGAGCUUUCUCUUACGAUUCCCUGGCUCGGACAUGCGCAAUGAGUCAUCACACUCUACAAACUCCUCCAGAUGGCACUUUUGCUAGAUCUAAUACAAACGAUUUGAUAGAAAUUUCUACAUGUUUUGACGUAUUUGUCAACUGUGAGCCGAACAUGAUGAAAGCCAAGGUUGUGACAAAUUCAUUUUUCAAUGGAAAGAUCUACGCUAAAGAAAAGCCUAAAUCUUGUGUCCUUGAUGUAAGCCAGAGCUUAGAGUUUACCUUACCGAUCCUUCUGGCUGGAUCCGACUGUGGAACUGUCAAUGAGGAAGAAGGAAAGUUUUCCAACGUUUUAGUCAUACAGAGUAAUGACUACGUGGUGACGUCACAGGACAAAGCAGUUGGUGUACAGUGUUCUUACGACGUGGGAAAUAAAACUGGUGAAACUCAGGUCAAUGUGAC